AUGGACUUGCCCGCCACUCCUUUGUCGCCAAAGUGGGGUUGGCUGCCUCUUACCAGAACUAGUCGCGCCACCGAUAUAGCACCCGCCACACCGCGUAAGGUCCCAACCGCCUCUCGUUCUGUUGACCACCCAUUGCCACCAGUGCCACAGGAUCUCUCGCCGUCUUAUCUCUGGGAUGAGUCUUUGUUCAUGCAGGCGGAUACAUGCGCUCCUUCAUACGGACUCGACUCGGCUCCUUUUUCCCUGGAUGGCACUUACUCUCCCACCGGCUCCGAACUUCCUACUUUUGGAUAUACGAUCCCAGACAUGCCUGUAGGCGUUGCAGGGGACUGGCCUAUCCCUCCUGCCUCUUUAUCGUCAAUUACAUCGUCUCCAGAUGCUGGAUCAUCGUGGUCCAGCAUUGCACCGCGGUAUAGUCGCACUUUGCCUGAGCCUAAAAUGCUGAGUGACCCACUUCUGGUCGGACCCUCGGCUGUGGAGGGUCUUACUUGGAGUAAUGACUUUGACUUUACCCUUCCUCCUGACGCGCCAGAGUACCCGUCUGCACCUGCACUCGCGCCCUUGCAGACUCUCAUGCAGAACGCACCCCUGCCUGAUGCUGUCCAACAUAGGCCUGCAAAAAAAGCGCGCUCGCUUCCUCCUGCCUCCGCAGAGUCCCUUUCGAAGGCGGGUUCCUCAUCUAUCCGUUCCAGCAGCAUGCAACAAUUUGUUCGGCGACGUCGGAACGAGGCGUUGGCGGCCAAGCUUGGUGCGAAGGCAACAUCUCGCAAGCGGAAGCACAGAGAGGAGAACGACGAGAAUGCGCCACCGGCCGAGUCGGACGGUCAGCAGGCAGAUGAAGGGGAUCUGGUUCUAUGGGACCUCUUCCGGAAGAAGGAGGUACAAUGCAACCGCAAGCAGCAUUGCCGCUUCAGGGCGCGGGGAUGUCCAUGGACAUUCGAUGAGGUCAAGGACCUCAAGCGACAUGAAGACGAUCGUUCACACUUCGACGACCGGAUGGUGAUGAAGUGCGCACCGGUCAUGCUAUACCACUGCCCUUGGCCCGGAUGCGACUAUGCGAGCCAGCGGGAUUAUUGCUUAAAGGCACACUGGAAGGCCAUCACGAGAGGCUGUGUCGCACAUUUGAUCGAAGACCCGCGUUGGCCAUACAAGUCGCUUGAAGACCUCCACCGGCAUCUGCGUGAGUAUCCCGCAUAUUUUCAAUGUCCUGAAUUCUAGGACAAGUAGCCGGCAUCGAAUGUGUGACGGUAUGCUACGGUCUUCCUCAGUCUACCUUUCUGUCUUACUUUCACACGGAAUCACUGCACCAUCUACAUCUUUCACUUCUCCAAUCCUCAUCAUGUAUUGCUGCCUCUCUCACAUUUUUCUGCAACCUGUAUUAAUCUCUUUCUCGCCAACUGCUUCAUUAUGGAUUGCUUUUGUAGUGUUCAAUGUUUACCAUACAGCUUGUAUAUUGGAUCGCCU